AUGCGGGUACAGGUGGAGGGCUGGCAUGCGGUGGGCACGUGGACGUGGAACGCGGAGGAUGACGCGUGCGGUAUAUGCAGAUUGGCGUUCGAUGGCUGCUGCCCGGACUGUAGGAUCCCCGGUGAUGACUGUCCCAUAGUAUGGGGCGAGUGCAGCCAUCCUUUCCACAUGCACUGCAUUGUCAAGUGGAUUGGUGUGCAAGGAAACAAUGUACAGAGAUGCCCCAUGUGUCGAAGGGAGUGGCAAUUCAAAAGCAGCUAA